AGCAGCCCAGGUGUUCCCCGGGUAGAAAUGAGACUUCACUCCGGAGGACGUCAACAAAAAGCAGCGCAAAAGGGAGAACUACAUGUUGGAAAUCGUCGUCCUUCGCAAUAUUUCCUGCUGCUGGAAUUUCACAACUUGGCACUUGAAAAGGAAAUGGUCGGACGGUUAAACUUUGCAAAUGUUUGCGAAGAGGACCCGCUGGGUAUGAGCUGCCGGGCGGACAGAGGGCUCGACAGCCCGGACUCCGGGUUACCGCCGAGUCCGAGCCCCAGCGUCUGGCUUCUGCCUCAGGACAAAGCGCGCGGCGUCAGUCCGGUACCGGAGGACGAAGGAAGCAGCUCGCGGGUUUCGACUUUGCCCUCUGGGUCCUUGCAGCCUUUGUCCUAUGGGGAGGGUAUAGCAAUUGACCCUUUACCCCCUAAAGAAGUAAGAUACACCUCGUCAGUGCACUAUGACUCGUACCGCCACUUCAUUCAGAAUGUGUCCUUGCGGCCGUGGGGUCAAGGCCUGGAGCACUGCAUGCAGACCAUCACAGCCGUGUCCCACAGCACCUGGCGUCGUUAUAAGACUCAGCUGGAUUUCCAGCCUCGCCAUCGGCCGCAGAGCUUUACGAGCACCACAAUCAUCUACCCCAAGAAAACCAGCGCCGUGUACGCCACGGAGCUGAGCUACGACCGCCACCGGCGAGCCAGACGUUUCCUCUCCAGCGUGGAGUUGGAGGCAGCAGGAAGCUACCUCAGUAAGACUGGAUCGAUCGAUCCAGUUUUGUAACGUACCCCUUGGCUGGCUGUCGCUGAUCCUGCUGUUUUCUCUUUUAGAUUUAAGUAGCCAGUUAACAUAUUUUAAUGGCAGUGAAUCAGGAGCACAUGCGAUGUCAUGUUACAUACAGCAGAAAUGUAAAGACAUAGUCUAAAUUGGAUUUAAUAGCCAUUCGCUCCGUGGCUUUAUAAUCCUGCCAGUGGAUGAGUUAUCCAUUUUAGAAAUGACCUUUAUAUUAAUUUUCAGAAAUACUGUACUUUGUUCAGUCUUUGUGUUUUUGCACAUCAUGAACAGUGAAGGCCAAUGACUUGCCCUCAUUGAGCCCUCCCACCAAAUUGGUCACUGCCUGAUGUAUAAGAUGAUCUUUAAUGAGAGCAGAGACUGAUGACAACUGUGCUAGUUAAGGAAAGGAAGCGAAAUUCACUGUCGUGCGGGCGUUUUGGUGCAUGCUAAGAAAUCACUCAAGAUAACUGCACUGUACAAAGGAUACUUAGCUAUGAGGUUUUUUUUUUUUUUUUUUUUUUUUUUUUAAACAUUUUAUUUUAUUUUUGCAUUUCUGCACUAAAUUAGCACAAAAUAUGCUCUUCCCAGCCUUUAUUCUAGACAUUAAAAAAAGCAUUAUACUAAUGUUGGUGGAUUAUAUUAACUGUUCAGUAUGUGUAAGCUUUUGUAGAAAUGACUUAUGCACAUGACAUGGAAUAUGAGUCUGGAGUUAAAGUGACAAAUACAGUAUUGUUGAUAUCACUCACUUGUCCUACUAGUGAAAGUAAGCUGCAUUCCACUUCACUUUCUAUGGCGUUUGAGUGGAAUUUAUAUUUAUUCUUUUUUUUUUUUUUUUUUUUUAAUGUCAGGUUUUAUCAUUUGAUGAAUUUAUCUUAUCAAGUGACAUACAGUAUUUGCAGUGUUAUGUGUUC